GAGGCUGAAUGUGUUGGUGUGUGGGAGCGACGGCUCACUGAAAUCCUCCAUCUCAGAGCUGAUCCUGCAACACACACACAGAAGAUCAGACGUGGAUCUUCAUGGUGGUCUGAUCAAUGUGCUGGAGCUUCCAGCUCUGUUCAACACUGGGCUCUCAGAGGAGGAAGUGAUGCGUCAGACUCUCCGCUGUGUGUCUCGCUGUCAUCCUGGAGUUCAUGCUUUCCUCCUCAUUAUUCCUGACGCUCCACUUAAUAAUGAAGACAGAGGUGAAAUGCAGGAGAUCCAGAAGAUCUUCAGCUCCAGAAUCAACAAACACAUCAUGAUCCUCAUCAUGCAGAACUCAGAGCAUCAGACAGCAGAACUCAAUGAAGAAACACAGGCUGUCAUUCAGAGUUUUGGAGGAAGACAUCAUCACUUCAGUCCUGAAACACAAGUGUCCACAUUGAUGGAGAACAUUGAGCAGAUGCUGGAGGAAAACAGAGGAGGCGUUUACUCCACAGAGACAUUCCUGGAGGCACAGAUGAAAAAACUGGUGAAAUAUGAAGAGAUGAAGAAGAAAAUAGAUUCACUGGAGACACAUGUGCUAACACAAGGUUCAAGAGAAAACAGAGAUGAUGAAAUGAGGAUUGUUCUGCUGGGAAAAACUGGCAUUGGAAAAAGUGCUACGGGAAACACCAUCUUAGGAAGAACGGCUUUUAAGUCAGAAGCAUCUUUUGAGUCAGUGACUAAAGAGAGUCAAAGAGAAACAAGUGAAAUCAAUGGCAGGAGCAUCACUGUGAUUGACACUCCAGGAUUGUUUGAUACUGAACUCACUAAUGAGGAGAUCCAGAGAGAAAUCAGACACUGCAUCUCCAUGAUUCUGCCUGGACCACAUGUGUUUCUCCUGCUGAUUCCACUGGGGCGAUUCACUAAAGAGGAGGAAACAUCAGUGAAGAUCAUCCAGGAGACGUUUGGGGAAAACUCUCUAAUGUUCACCAUGGUGCUCUUCACCAGAGGAGACGUUCUGGGAAACAAAACCAUCCAUCAGUGUCUGGAGAAAGCUGGACCUUCUCUGAUGAACCUGAUUGAAGCUUGUGGACACAGAUUUCAUGUAUUCAACAAUAAUCAGCCUGAAGAGCGAACACAAGUGUCUGAUCUACUGGAGAAGAUAGACAACAUGGUGAAGGCAAACGGAGGAAGCUUCUACUCAUGCAAGAUGUUCAGAGAGAUGGAGAGAGAAAAACAAGAACAACAGAUGAAGAUCCUGAUGGACAGAGUCAGAGAAACAGAAGAAGAGAUGAAGAAACUAGAGGAAGAGAAAGACAGAAUGAUAGAGGAAGAACGACAGAAUCAGGAGAAAGAUAGAAAGAGGAGAGAAGAAGAACUGAAGAGAGAAAUAAGAGAACAAGAGAAACAUCAGCGAGAGAUGAGAGAGGAGAUGAAGAAAGACCGAGAGACAUUUAGACAUGAAAUAGAUGAAAUGAGGAAAGACAAAGAGAAGCUUCAGUGUAAAUAUGAAAAAGAAACUGAUCUACUAAAGAAUAGCAUAGAGAAUGAAAGACAGAAUCAUGACGAUUACCGUAAGAGAAGAGAAGAAGAGUUUAAAGUGAGAGAACAACAAUACAAAGCACAAUUAACAGAGAUGGAGAGAGAAGUCCAGGAAAAGAUUAAUAAAGAGGGAUCUGAGAAACUGAAACAAGAGAGAGAGAGAAUGGAAAGAGAGACAGAAAAACUUCAGUCUACAUAUAAAGAAGAAGAAAACAAAAUGAAGAGGAUGAUGGAGGAAUUAAACAGAGAGAGAGAAGAGCUGAUGAAGAAUCUCGAUGAAGAGAAGAGAAGACUGAAGACCAUAAUUGAGGAAGAGAGUCUGAAUCGAGACAAAGAGAGAAAGAGACAAGAAGAACUGAAACAAGAAAUACGAGAGCAAGAGAAACAUCAGAGAGAGACACGAGACGAGAUGAAGAGAGAACGAGAGACAUUUAGACAUGAAAUAGAGGACAUGAAGAAAGACAAAGAGAAGAUGAAAACUGAAUACGAGACAGAAAUAGAAAGACUGAUGAACAGAAUAGAGAUUGAGAGGAAGAACAGAGAAGAUGAAUGUAUAGAAAAAGAGCAAUACAAAACACAAAUUAAAGAGAAAGAGAGAGACUUUAGACAUGAAGCAGAGGAAAUGAGGAGAGAAAAAGAGAAAAUCAAAACCGAAAAAGACGACCUUAAAAAAGAACAUGAUAGAGAAAUAGAAAAGCUGAUGAAUAGGAGGAAGAAAAGAGAAGAUGAAUACAGAGAAAGAGAAGAACAAUAUAAGACACUAAUAAGAGAAAAAGAAGAAGAUAGACGAGAGACAAAGAAAGAUAUAGAGAAAUGUAAACAUGAAAUAGAGGAAAUUAGAAAAGAAAAACAGAAAAUAAAAACAGAUCAUGAAACACUUCAGAUGAAACAUGACACAGAAAUAGCCAGACUGAUGAAUAGUUUAGACCAUGAAAGGAAGAGAAGAAAUGAAUAUACAGAAAGAGAAGAGCAAUAUAAAACACAAAUACAACAGAAAGAGCAGCGAGAGAGGGAGACGCGUGAGCAGAUGAAGAGAGAACGAGAGCAGUGGGAGAAACAGACACAAGAGGACAAACAAAGACAAGAAGAAGAAGAGGAAAGAAGACAGAGAGAAAAGGAGAUUUUAGAUGAUCAGAUUCAGAGACUCAGGAGUGAAAUGGAGGAAUUAAUCAGAGAGAAAGAGAGAACAGAAAGAGAAAAAGCAGAACAACUCGAGGAUUUAGAGAAGAGACUGAAAGAAGAAAGAAACAUGAGAGAAGAUCAACAAAAGACUCAUGAAGAAACACUGAAAAUCCUUGAAGAACAGCAUGAAGAUCAACUGAAGAGAAAACACAUGGCUUGGAGAGAGGAAUAUGAAAAAGAGAAAGAAGAGAAGAUGGAAAUCAGCUCUGACACAGGUUCACCACAGGUAAAACAGGAAUGCACUGAAACAGCAGAAGUGAGAACAAGAAAACAUCAUCUGUUUCACAGACUUCAUCUUGAUGAGAAACUUAAGCUGACAGCUGCAGAUGUUCUACAGAUAACCAAACAAUCCUUACAAUUUCACAAGUCUUGCACUAAAGAAGAGGAGCUGAUUCAAACUUUCAUGCAAAGACUCCUGAUGAUGAACUACAGAGCAAGAUACAUUCAUGUUAAAGAGAUUAAUCAACAGAAUAACGCAGAACAAACUUCUAAAAACUCAGAUGAAGAUGAGGGUGAUAUAAUCAAAGUGUCUUUAUCUAAUGAACCAGCAAUUCAGGAGCGAGUCCACCCAAUGGAUGUUCAGAUGGCUGUGUUUCAUUGUGCUGAUGGUUUCCUGAAGCAGCUGAUGGUCACUAAACUCUCCCAGUGUCAGUUCGCUCUGCCUCUGCUUGUUCCUGAUCCAGAAACACAACAGAUUGAGUUUCCCCUCUGGACAUUCAGACAAAUCACCAAGAGCUGGAAGAUCAGAAACACCAACAAUGAAACCAUCAGUCAAACCCUGCCGAUCUGGAAGGUACAGGCUCCAAUGGUGUUCUUCUUCAGGUUUGACUCUGUGCCUUUAUCAAAGUCACAGCUGAUGAACAGUCUGAUCAAUGAGAAACACAACACGUUCUUCCACAGGAACUGUCCAGGCAGCAGCAGAUCCAGAGUCCUGAUGGACGGAGUGGUGGAGAUCGCCUGGUUCUGCCCUUCUGACACAAAUGAGGAUCAAUUCACUGACUGUGUGGCCUUCUGUAAUCUACAUGGAGAUGCAGGAGAUCAUGAGAAACAGUGGAAGAUCCUCACUGAAAUGACCUCAGUCAAUGUGGUUCUUCUGCCACGACUGGACAAACAUGCUGAAAAGAUACAAAACCUGUACAGAAACUCAAAGCCACUGAUUUGCCUCUUUACCGAGGAUAAAUCUACAGUACACCAGGUCAAGAAAGGGAAAUUCAAAAUUGGCCUGAAGGACAGGAAUCAAUCACAUGUGUCUGAAGAACUCAGAGGAGCUAUAAGGGAUUGUCUCGCAGAAUCAUCUUCCACUUUCAGUCUUGAAGAUCUGUCCAAACACUCAGACAUCAGAGUGGAUGAGGAAGAUGAUGAAGACUGCAGGAGAGGAAGAGCAGCAGCACAGCAGAUGAUCAGUUUACUGGAGAAGAAAGAUCUGACAGAGAUUAAAGAAUCAUUUCUGCCUCAUCAGGGGAAACUGUGGCAUCAGUGGAGUCAGAAGAACAAAGAGCUUCAUCGACCCCAAACACAUGAGAUAGAAAUGGAAAUCAGUCAGAAACAAACAGAAAUGGACAACAUCCGUGAACUACAGCAUAAGGCGGACUUGAGUGAGUUUAUGAAGAUCUUUAUUAAAGAAAUAAACUCAGAUGCUGCAAACAAGAUCUAUUUCCUUAAAUGGCUUGGAAUUGUCCUUGAUGAGUUCAAUUUAGAUAUUAGUCUAAAACUAAAACUGCAAGAAAAAGAAGACCAAUCUGAACAACAAAAGGUUAAAAAACAAGCUGAAUUUGAAGCUGCAGUGUUUGGUCUGGAGCACAUCAUGAGGGAGAUCGCUCAGAUCUAUGAAUCAUGUUCAUCUGUGAAGGAGAACAAGAAAGAUCUGCCGGUUCACUUCUCUUCUCUCCCGAGUCUCGCAGCAGAGAUGAUGAUCUCUGGGUUUCCACUGGAGCUGAUGGAUGGAGAUGCUGCUCAUGUUCCUCUGCUCUGGAUCUCUGCUGUUCUUGAUCAACUCGUCCAGAAACUGGGAGACCAGACCAGAGUCUUUGUGUUGUCUGUUUUAGGGAUUCAGAGCUCUGGGAAAUCCACCAUGCUGAACGCCAUGUUUGGACUCCAGUUUCCCGUCAGUGCAGGCAGGUGCACCAGAGGAGCUUUCAUGCAGCUGGUCAAAGUGUCAGACGAGAUGAAAACACAGAUGAACGUUGACUAUAUUCUGGUUGUUGAUACUGAGGGUCUCUGUGCUCUAGAACUGGGUGGCAAAUCAAGACAUCAUGACAAUGAACUGGCCACAUUUGUUGUUGGGCUUGGUAGUAUGACCCUGAUCAACAUCUUUGGAGAAAACCCAUCUGAGAUGCAGGAAAUUCUUCAGAUUGUUGUUCAGGCCUUCCUGAGGAUGAAGAAGGUCAGUCUAAACCCCAGAUGUGUGUUUGUGCAUCAGAAUGUUUCAGACGUCACAGCUGAGGAGAAAAAUGAGGAGGGAAGAAGAAUAUUGCAGGAGACGCUGGAUGAGAUGACAAAACUCAUCACUAAAGAGGAAGUCUGUUAUGCUGAACGGUUCAGUGAUGUCAUUAAAUUUGAUAUAGAGAAUGAUGUGAAGUAUUUUCCUCAUCUCUGGGAUGGCAACCCACCCAUGGCCCCACCAAAUCCAAACUACUGUCAGAAUAUUCAAGACCUGAAGAAAACUAUCAUGUCUCAUGCAUCAAAGUCAGUUGGAACAAAACUGGCACAUAUAAAGGACAGUAUUAAAGAUCUCUGGGAGGCACUACUGAAUGAACAGCUUGUCCCCAGCUUCAGAAAUGAUCCAGAGAUUUUAGUCUACAGGAAACUGGAGACUGAAUACAGCAAGUGGUCCUGGAGUCUCCGCAGAGCUAUGAUGGAAAUAAAGAACAAAAUGCACAACCAAAUAGAAAAUGAAGCAAUCCAUGAAGUUGAAGAACCUGAUCUACAGAGAGAACUGAAGAAGACUAGCGAAGAAGUGGAAAACCUUAUGUCAGAGUUUUUUGAGAAAGAUCCAGAUGCAAACAUUCUGAUUCAGUGGAAAACAUCAUUUGACAUCAAAAUCAAAGAACUUCAGGAAAAAAUUGUGAAGGAAACAAAGAGGAAACUAAAUGAGAUUCUGCAGCAGCGAAAGUUGAAGAAGAAGAUUGAUGAUCAGAGGAAACAUCAUGAAAACACUCUCUAUGAAAAGAGCAAAGAGCUGGCCUUGAAACUCAAAGACAACACAACUGAUGAAGAGACGCUGAAGAAAGAGUUUGAUUUGCUCUGGAAUCAGUCGAUGAAGGAAAUCACUAAAGACACUAACCCAAUCCAAAACAUUGACAUAAUGAGAGACGUGAGACAGAUCCUCGGGGACAUCUGUGAAAGUGCUCCUGUAGAUCACUGGAGGGGGGACAAGAAUAUUUUCACUGUGACAGAUUAUUCAGAUUAUAUACAAUUUAAGAAAUCCAAUGUGUUUACAGGAGCUUUAAGAAUGGCUAAAGGGUUGCUUGAUUACAGUCACUUCAGAGACAAGGAAAUAAGAUCAUUUGUCAGAGAUGUUGCUCAGCAGACAGACACAAUGAUUCAGGCAUUAAACAUUUCAAAGAUGGGCUUCAACAUCAGCUGCAUUCAACAACUCACAGACUACAUCAAGACAAGAGUGACAGAACAUGAGAAAAAAACUGUGAGAUAUGUGUUUAGGAAUGAAUUCUUCAUUGAUUUGGUUUAUUCCAUAUUUAAAAGAUCAGAGAAGAUGAUCAAUGACCAACACAAACUGUUCAGAAAAGCCAAUGAUCCUCUUCUCUAUUUGGAGAAGAAGAGAGAGGAAUACUAUAGUAUUUUCCAGAAAUACUGUCGUGGAGCUACUUCUGCUGCCAUUUUUGGAGAGAUCAUCUGUCAGAAACUGAAAGAGCCCAUUGAGCAGAGCGUCUGCAAGGAAACUGCCAGAGUUUUAGCAGAUGAGAUCUUGAAAAACUGUGAAUCACUGAAGGGAAACAGAUCAAAUCUGGAGAAACACAUCCUGAAGACUCUGGCAGAAGAGGAGGACUUUGACAAAUACAUGGACUACAUUCAUCAUCCUAAAGAUCACGUGAAGUAUUUCAUCAGAGAUGAGGUCAGUCGGUUCAUCAGUGAUCAGUUCAAUGCCAGUGUUUUACCCAAGAUGAAGGAGAACACUGAACUCCUGCAGCAGAAGAUCCUGAACGCAGCUCAUGCAUCUACUGAACAUGUUCAAGCUAACAGUGGAGAUGUUGGUUUGUGGUUGAAGAGUUUCUCAGAGCAGCUCUCAGAUCAGCUGAUCUUCUCUGAAAAAGACCUCAGUGGAGUCAAACAUGAUGAUGUUGAUGAUUGCAAACUCCUAGAAGAAGUGAUAAAACGAGAGCUUCCUGCAAUUACAUCUGAUAAAAGCAAACACAUCAAUGACUUUCUGUUGAAGCUGGACUACAACGACAGACCAGAUGAGCUUCUGAUUGAUCAGUUCUGUUGGUGCUGUUGGGUUCAGUGCCCGUUCUGUAGAGCCACCUGCACAAACACCAUAGAGGACCAUGAUGGAGACCACAGUGUUGAUUUCCAUCGAGUAAAUGGACUAAAUGGAAUAAGUUACUGGAAAACAACAAAUUUGGCUAUUCAAAUCUGCACAUCAGCUGUAGCAAGUAAACAUGUAACACUUAAAUCUGACUCCUCUGAAUUAUUAUAUAAAGACUACAGAUCAGCAGGAGGAGUUUUUGCAGACUGGAGCAUCACCCCUGAUCUCUCUGAAUUGCCCUACUGGAAGUGGUUUGUGUGCAGAUUCCAGAGAGAUCUGGAGAAAUAUUAUGGUAAAACAUUUGAGAGGAAAGGAAAGAUUCCAGCAAGUUGGCGAAAAUGUACAAAAGAAGAUGCAAUUAAAAGCUUAGAUGGAGAAUGCACUUUAAUUUUAAAUGAAAGCUUUAUGGAGAGAAUUAUCAAAAUUAUUUAUUGA